AUGAAAGCCUUCAUAAUCAUCUGCGUUGGACUUUUCGCGUUUGCCGGAGCGGGCAGCUCGCGGGAGAAGCGAGGUUUGCUACAUGACCAUUCCCACGGCAGCUCCGGUGGCUACAGCUACUCGGCCCCGCCCUCCAGCUAUUCCGCACCACAUAGCAUCAGCCCCGCUGUUAAUUAUCCCGCCCCAGCGAGCUAUUCCGCGCCUGCAUUAACCUACGACGCUCCUGCAAUUUCUAGCUAUUCGGCUCCCGCCCUUGCAAGCUAUUCAGCUCCUGCCAUUUCGAGCUAUUCGGCUCCUGCAAUUUCUAGCUAUUCGGCUCCCGCCCUUGCAAGCUAUUCAGCUCCUGCCAUUUCAAGUUAUUCGGCGCCUGCCAUUUCGAGCUACUCCGCCCCUGCAAUAUCGAGCUAUUCAGCUCCGGCAAUAUCGAGCUAUUCAGCUCCAGCAAUAUCAACCUAUUCAGCUCCUGCAAUUUCCAGUUACUCCGCACCAGCACUAAGUCGUUCCAAUCCCCAAAUCGGCCUCGCCUCCAGUUACGCUCCUAGUUUUAGUCUCGGCUCCGGAGCCUCUUCCUCUAGCUACACGGCACCAGCAUUUAGUUAUCCAGCGCCUGCUGCAGCAUACCCAGCACCCUUAGCCAGUUACGGCGUUCCUUCGGCCAGCUACGCCGCGCCAGCUAGUCGUGUGGUAACCGUAAACAAAGUAGUAAACGUGAAGAAGGUCGUAACCGUCCCUCAAGUCGUGAACGUACAAAAAGUGGUGAGCGUUCCCAAGGUGAUCCAGGUCCAAAAAGUGAUUCCGGCAUCGGGCGGCUGUUCCAGCUGUCGGUCAUCAAGCAACGCCGGCGGAAACGGGUGGUGGUGA